UCCACCUUCUCUUCUGCUGUAUAUAAGGAGGUGAUCCAUCAGUCCAGCCUUACCUUCAGCCAGAGAAGAUCUCCACAGAGUUCUUCACCACCUCAGCAGGAGAACCCCUCCACAAGAUCAUCCACCAGAGGACAAGAACGACAUAUUCUUUACAGCAGAUAUUUCACUCAAACCACUAAAGCUCAAAAUGACUCAAGCUAUCACUGAACUUCAAGUCUCUACCAACAUGAAGAAAGAAGAAGAUCUUAAAAAACAAGGUUUCACCAAAGUUGACGGUAACCUCAACAGUGGUACUACAGGGCCUGAGGUGUUCCUGUGGUACAAAAAAGGGGGCGUGAAAUCUGUCACCAGAAUCCAGUGCUCCUACAGGAAUGAGAUGAAUGAUGGUCUUGGUGCUGCUGGUUUCCAAAAGAUAAAGGAGAACAUCAAUAUAGGCACCGAAGGUGAUGCCAUAUUCCUGUGGUACAUGACUGGCACCACCACGUCUGACAUCGCCAUCAUGGAUCUGAAGGUGACCACACUACUGGCAGAGGAGCCGAGACAGUUCAGCGCUGGCUGGGAGCGCCUGGGUCUCGAUCUGAACCACAACACUGGUGGAAAUCCAGUUUACCUCUGGGUGAAGAGAGAUACCACGACCUACAUCAGCAACAUUACAGCCUCGCUGAGUUUCUCUGAAGAUAAAACCCUCUUUGACCAGGGAUACAUCCGUGUGGAUGAAGACACCAACCGUGGAGCAAGCCCAAGUUUGGCCGUGUUUCUCUGGUACCGCCGUUGCAAGUAUCCAGACGUUUCCAUCACUGACAUCGAUGUUUCUAUCAGUGAAGAACAGGAGGGCAGCCUGCUGAAGAAGGGCUACUUGAAGGUCAAUAAAGACCUCAAUGCUGGCACCAAUGGAGACUCUGUGUAUCUGUGGUACAAGCACAGCGAAAAUCCUGCCAUCCAGUUCCUCACCGUGUUAGUCGGUAAUGAUGCUCUGCCGGCUUAUAAAAGUGCUAAAACCUGCAAGGUUGUGGAGAAAAACCUGAAUAAUGGCAAUAAUGGAGUUCCUCUUUAUGUGGCCUAUAAGUGAGAGCCCGAGCCUCAGGCUCUGUAUCACCCUCAGUAAUCAAGUCUUCAUCCUUUGCUUUAGAUGCUCUCACUGUAGCAGUUAAUGAGAUAUCCUGAAAGGCUGAUCAGCGUCUGUGCUGACUGUCCAGCCUUUAUUAAAGAUCUAAAUUGAGAGAAUCUUGUACUGAUUUAAUAAAAUCACAAUCAUACAGAGAUUUAUUAUCAGCAAACGCCAUGUUUAAAGAUUGUAUCUGUUUUAAUGGAUAACCUAAAGAUUGUAUAAUCCAACGCUGUGUUCGGCUCCAUCUCUGGAUUUCUGUCCUUUCUCUGAUUAAAGCACCAUA